GUGGCUAAUAUCAGCGUAGGUGAUACCAGAAGCCCUGGCGAAUAUGGAUUGUAUACGUUUCAGUUACGGAUAAAUGCGUAUAAAGCGUUAUAAACAUACACUCACCAAUUACAAGAUGUGCGAAUAAGGCUUUGCAGAAUACAUGCCGGGAUUACUAAAGAUGUUUCAUGGGAGCAGAAGGUGUUGCUGUAUUUAGGUGUUUUACAAACUCUUGGGCACUCACAUGAGUUCAAGGGAGUCAGCCAAGAUGGGGGACAUCUUGGCUACUGAAGCCAAUCUUCUUGGUAUGAUCAAGGAGUACCUUAAGUUUGAGGAAUUUGAAGAGACUGUUCUCAGUUUCGACAAGGAGUGUAAAAGCAAAGGCAAGCUUGUCUCAAAGCCUCAAGGAAGUACUCUCAGAGACUCAAAGACUCGAGCCAUUCAGACAGACCUCCUUAGUGCUUUUCAUGAUGGAGAUUACAAGGUGUUCUUUGAACUGUGGGCAGAAAAUAUUCCCUCUGAGGUAAAAGACAGUGAUGCGGAGGCCCAGAGCCUGGAGUUCUACCUUCACAUUCACUUCACCAUCUACCCAUUGAGAAGACAUCCUAGUAGACAUGACCAGGCUGAGUUUGAAGAGAGGAUUUCCCAUUUCAAACAGUACCUGGAGACUCAGGGAGCAGUACUGAGCAAGACUACAGAGUUUCUGCCUUACUAUGCUUUGCCUUUUGUUCCCAACCCCACAGUCCACCCCUCCUUCAAAGAUCUGUUCAAGGAUUCCUGGAUUCCACGGUUGAAGGAUAAGCUUGAGCAGUUUCUGUCUGUGACACUGAAGCCGUCUAACAGCCCAAGGCUGCUGAAUUUAUAUAAGGAGGGUGGGAGAAGUACUAAAGAGGCCAUGCAGCAGUUACAGCUUCAGCUCGUUGAAUCAGACCGCCGCGUCACCAGCUACAUGCGGAAGUACAACAAAAUGCAAGCUGACUACCACAACUUGAUUGGGAUCACUGCUGAGCUGGUCGACUCACUGGAGGCCACUGUCAGCGGAAAAAUGAUCUCCCCCGAGUACCUGCAGACUGUGUGUGUUCGCCUGUUCAGCAGCCAGAUGAGGCAGAGCAUGGUGCAGAGCACUGACUUCACCAGGCCCGGCACAGGAUAUUGCUCUAUGAGUCCCUAUGAUGAUGGCUAUGCCUCCUCAAUGCUGCGAGCCUCCAUUGCGCCACAGAGGUCUAAGGAAGUGCCAAUGCUACCCUCACUGGACUAUGAGAAGCUGAAGAAAGACCUUGUUGAAGGUUUAGACCGACUCAAGUCUCUGCUGCUUCAGGCGUUGCGCUGGAGACUGACUCGCUCACUCCCUGGUGAGCAGAGAGACACAGUGCUUCAGGCCUACAUCAGCAACGAUCUGCUGGAACGCUACAGCACAAAACAGAAAACCGUGCUUCAUUUAAUUAGGUCGAAGAACGAGAUUGUCCAACAGUACAUGGCUCGUCUCAUCAAUGCAUUUGCUUCCCUUGCAGAGGGUCGGGUUUACCUCUCCCAAAUUCCCAUUCUUCUGAAAGUUUUGACAGAGGCACUCAGGAAGGAGGAAAAAGACUCCCUGACUAGAGAGAAUGUGCUAGUGGCUCUGCAGAAGCUCAGCCUCAGGAGGACCCAGCAGACAGCUAUGAUAGAGGAUGAUCUUAUUGGCUGGCUGGUGGAUGAGCUACACAACUCAGACAGUCUGAGUGACUACACACUGGAGUAUUCUGCAGCUCUGCUUAUGAACCUGUGUCUGCGAACAAAAGGAAAAAGGAAGUGUGCAGAGAACGCCAAGCAUGUGCUGAAGGUUCUAACUGACCUCCUUGGACAUGAGAAUCAUGAGAUUCGACCAUAUGUAAAUGGAGCCCUUUACAGUAUCCUGUGUAUUCCCUCUGUGAGACAGGAAGCCAAAGAGAUGAGUGUAGAGGAAAUUCUUCGCUGCUACAGCAAAGAGGAGAACCCAGACCUCAACAGACAGAUUGAAUUCAUCAUUAAACAACUGAACUCAGCUGAGGAAGAGGGACCAGAGUCAGAUGAUGAAGAGGAAGAGGACGACAAUGAUGAGGAUUUAAUGGAGACAGACCUGGAUAAAGAGGAAGUCCUCCAGCCACAGCCCAGGGAGCUGUCUGGGGAGAGUCUGCUCACCACUGAAUACUUGGGAAUUAUGACGAACAUGGCAAAAGUGAAAAGGAAGUCGACCCCUCUGCCACAAUCAAGUGUUGAUGAGCCCCUACAACGGCCUGUCACACCAAGCUCUCAUCGUAAUGUCAAUGCAGUGGAUUACAGAGCUGGCAGUCAGGGAGGUGAUGGUAACAGGGACAUGGAAUACCCUCUGAGCAGACAGAAGAGUGAGGAAGGAAGCCUGCCGACUUCCCGAUACAACUCCCGACCCCCCACACGCUCUGGCAGUCGACCCAGCACUGCUGACUCCCUGCGUCACAGCAUCGACUCACAAUGUGGCCGGUUGUCCCAGGAGUCAGAGUUGGACAGACCGUAUGAGAGCCGAGCCAGAAAAGGACAUUCCCAGGAGGAACACAAUGGACACUCUGCCAGCGGUGAUUAUAUCCCUCCGUUUGAAAGCCAACCCAAGAUUCCCCGGACACCUGAUGCAGCAGCCAGCCAGAGCAGCCGGGGUCGAGGCCCAGCUCUGGCACCCCAGUUUUCCCAGUCGGAGCCACGGCAGAGCAGCCGUCCAGGCUCUGCCAGCUCCUCGGGGGGAGGGGCACAGCAAAGUGGAAGCAGUCAGUCGAAGCGGAGGUGAAGAGGGAGCUGUCACCAUGGAGUAGCUCUAUCUCCCCCGGAGCAUCAGGCUUCCUGUAACAUCAUCCCCCCAGGUUGUGAUCAGGGUCAGGGCAACAGAGAUGGUCGAGAAUCAGCAGCGGGAGGAGGGGCUGGUACAAUGUGAAGGAUUGUGGCCCUGCCUUUUUUCCCCCUUUUCUGCUUCAGCACAAUCUUCUGUAACAUAAUAGGAUGUCAGACAGUAAUCACAGCCCCCAACGCUGUGCACCUUGUAGCCUCAUUUGGCCUCGAAUUUCUCCACUCUCUCAUCCAGGUUAUAGUUGGAAAAACUAAAUAUGUGCAACAUCCUACAGCCAUGACAGAAUUGUUGUGUAACAUGAUGCUGGUGUUCUGACUCAGAAGUGUAGCCUUCAGUUAGUGAUCACCUUUUUCUCCAUCUGCCCACUGGCCUACCAGUUUUCUGACUUAAGCACGCUCCUUUCAUUAAAUCAGUAGUCCCAUAGAAAACAUCUUAAGAGAAUGGACCCUAUUCAGAUUCAUUUGCGCCAAGGACUGGGUUUUUUUGUACAUAUCAUUAAAAAACAAGUAAAAAGCUAAUUUUUAGUUCUCAACUUGAUACAUAAAUCAAUAAUCCUCUGAAUUUCACUAUGUACUGUAUAUGUUGAUUUUUGACCAUAGUGGAAAUAUUCGUCCACAUGAAUAAAUGAUUGUACCAGCUUCAAAUAUAUAAACAUUAGCUCGUAUCAGAGUAGCUGCUCUUGUUUAACUUAAGCUUCAAAGACGUUUACAAGAAUGACACAGGUCUUGACAUGACUUGUCGGGCUAGUGCAUGUUUUUAAAUACUUUAAGAACCUUAUUAUUUCUAUUGAUAUACACCAUCAUACAACAUCUGAGAAAAAACUUGAAUUUUUGUGAAUGUCUUAAAUCAUUGUUUGUAUUGUACAUUUGCACAGUUUUCCAGUUGCUGUGAUGUAUAUUUGUUAGCUGCUAAAUUUUUGUUGUAAUGUAUUUCGAUAGUGAUUAUAUUUUUAAAGUGAUUUUAAAUAAAUG